AUGAAACGAUUGAAAUCAUUUAUUAUCGCGGGAAUAGUGUGUCUCGUGGCAGUUUUAUUCAUAAUACCAGUAGAAUCUUACACAACAUUUGUACAUGAAGAAUCAAUAUCAUAUCCUUCACCACCUCGAGUAUGGAGUAGUAUAGUGUAUGAAGACGGAACCGCAGUUUUUCGCAUAAUUCGUAGAGAUACCAGCGUCAAACUGCCCGAUAGGACUUGCCUAAUACAAAAAUUAAUGUUGCGUAUCCUUUAUCCUAACGGCACAUUAACCGAAUUGGACAUGGAAUUAAACAUUCCUCCUCUGAAUUAUUGUAUUGUCGCCGCAAAACCAGACAAUUUUGAUCCAAUAAAUAUCAGUGCAUUAAAACCCGGUUAUUUGCUACUACGAUAUUAUAACGCUACCGAUCCGUCAAAACCCGAGACUUGGGAAGAAUGGGGAAUGAUCAUUGAUUGGCAAGGACAAACUUAUGAGCCAAAGUUUUUGGGAUUAUCUUUUAUAGAUGCAAAUACCAGAACUGUGGUUCCAGGUUUAAGCGCUGUCACGGUAAACAUUAACCGAGCAAAAGGAUUUUUACGUUUGGCCGCGUUAAGAGAGACUAAUGAUUGUGAAUGGCAGCAAUAUUCAAUAGGAGAGAAUAAAGAGCUCAUCCAAUUAUCCGGAGGAGUUAUCAAACUUCCAAUUUUCAAAAGUGCGCAAUUUGCGACAAUCGCUACCGUUGAUGAGGGUUACGCUAUCGUAUUUGCCAAUUCAUCCGAUACUGUUAAUAAUGCUGACCCUUUAUUACCUCGAGGUGGACUGUUCGCUCUUUCAUUAGCAUAUGGACAAAAAUCAAUCAAUUCCCCAUCCCUCUUAUAUCAAGUUCCAUUGGCCAACUUAUUAUUUACUGCGCUCAAGUGCGAUAUCGCGUUUGUCGGUGUCGGUCAUGUUUGCACAUUAACCGUACAACAAAAUCUUGGUGACGCAACCAACCCAACCAAGUCUGAUUUAUAUUAUUUAAAAAUUACUUUCCUGUCCUCCGGAUCUGUCACGAGCUUUACAUCAAUAUCUCGUGCAUUACCAACCAAUAUCAAUGUAAAAGUAACGGAGUGGGUAGUAUCUUCUUUACCGUACGGGGGAUAUGUUUUAGUUUCCCACUUAAAAACUCAACCAACUGGUUUGGUAAUGUAUGCUUACGUCUUUGAUGAAGAUGAAACGAAUGGAAUCCCUUGGAAAUUAGAUGAGCCCUCCGUCACUAAUGUCGCGGGAACUUACAAAAUUUUACCUAAUAAUACGUUAUACUUUGCUCAACAAGAAGUAAAGGAUACUUGGUCCUUAAUUUUCACCGACCUUCCAAGAUUCAUUGGGGACAAAGAUCACGGUUAUUCUAACGUACAUAUUGAUACUACGGAACCACCAAUUCAGUCAACGAUAUCAUCAUCUUUAAAACAAAUUUCCAUCACUUAUUACGAUGCUGUGGAUCUUUCGGAUGGUAAAGUUUCAAUUUAUCAAAUAAAUGACGGCGGACAAGAAGUUCUUAAACAAUUUGUCUCUGGAACAAAUCCUAAAUAUUGUCAAAUAAGUGAAGAUGGUCAUGUUGUAACUAUUAACAUUAUAGAAAGCACAUUUAGCCAUGGUGGCAGCACUUUUUAUGUUACCAUGGAUAAUAAUUUUGUAAAGAGUAAUGCAUUUAAAGAACCUCUUAUAGGUUUACGCGAUAAAAUUUGGACAUUUUCAACAGAGCCUAGCGAAGUAAGGUUUGCAGGUUCCACAUCAGGAGUGUUACGUUUAACGGUCGAUGGAACAACUUAUUUCGAUCAACUUAGUGCGGAAGGGCAGGCCCAAUUCUUUAAUAAUCUAGUGAAUGAAAUCUCCACAAUGUUAACAAUACCUCCUUCACGUUUGAAAUCCAGCGGUCGAUUCCAAGCAGAUAUUACCAUUUCACCGGAAAAACAAUAUUUAAUAUCGUUGGACAUUAUUCAAACAAAGGAUAAAAGUGAAAAGAGUGUUGAAUCAAUUAUUAAAGAUUUAGAUACAAUGAUCUUAAAUAAAGAAGUAUCACCAAUUUCAUUGGGCAAAACAACUCGUUAUUUAGAUGCUACUUAUGGGUUACGAACAACGCAAAACCUAUGGAAUAAAUAUAAAACGAAGAUCGUCAUGGUGUUUAUUGCUUUGGGAACUUUAAUUAUGCUUUUCUUGUUGGCACAACGAAGAGAAAAAAAGGGUCAAAAUAUGGCUAUCUUACAACUUGGUCUUAUAAUUUUCGAUUUGCUCAUGGAUAUUCUUUUUGUCAGCAACAACGCUCGAGAUGUUGACUGGCUUUAUAUUCCAAGUGUGAUCUUUUUAACGGUUCCUAUCGGAUUGAACACUGUUUUAGCCUUUUUAAUUAUAACAAAUGAAAAUACAAAUCAAGAGUUCUUUAAAUGGUUUUCUCAACAUGGAAAGGUUGCAUCUAUAUUCACUUUAUUAGCUGGUGCAGAUAUUGAGGCUUUGACAAUUCUUCAGUCAAAUAUGGCUGGAUUCUCAUUUUUUCGAGCUCCAUUCUCUAAUGAAGCAAAAUCAAAAAUAUUCUGGGGUGCUUGUUUAAGCGUUUUCCUUGAAGAUAUUCCUCAAGUAUUCAUUCAGCGAAACACCGUAAAUUACGAUAUUAUUCCACUUCUUACGCUUAUUUCAUCUAGUUUAAAUUUGACAAUAAAUAUCAUUGGAAGAUUGUAUCAAGCAAUUAACCGACUUCGUAAUAAAGAAGAACUUGAAUUGAAAGGGAAAGAUGAAGGUUUUGGUGGACUUGACCCAUUUCCCAAACCCUCUGUAGGUAAAAUCAAUGACGAUGAACAUAAAAUCGACAUAAAAGAUGAUCAAUUAGAUGUUAAAGCAGCAAAAAAUCUUGAGAAAAAGAAUUCAAAAUCUAGUUUUCAAGAAAUGAUAAAUUAA